AUCCAGUGUGGCAGUAGUCUCCCCCUAGCCACCUGAGAACAAGAUGUAGAUCAAGAUGUAGAGCCCUCUGCUUCUCCAGCACCAUGCCUGCCUGGAUGCUGUCAUGAUCCUGCCAUGAAGAUAAUGGACUGAACCCCUGAACUAGUAGAAACAGACUAUAACCCCAUGGAGCUAAGCAGUAUGUCUGGAUUUGAAGAAGGCUCCGAACUCAAUGGGCUUGAAGGCACGGAUAUGAAGGACAUGCAGCUGGAGGCUGAAGCAGUUGUAAACGAUGUUCUCUUUGCUGUCAACAACAUGUUUGUCUCAAAAAGCCUGCCCUGUGCAGAUGAUGUGGCUUACAUCAACGUGGAGACAAAGGAAAGGAACAGAUACUGUCUGGAGCUCACAGAAGCAGGGCUCAGGGUGGUGGGCUAUGCCUUUGACCAGGUGGAGGGUCAUUUGCAAACCCCCUACCAUGAGACAGUCUACUCCUUGUUGGAUACGCUCAGUCCUGCCUACCGGGAAGCAUUUGGAAAUGCACUUCUUCAGAGACUGGAAGCUUUGAAACGAGAUGGACAGUCAUGACUCCUUUUCCUCCUAGUGGGGCCACUGCUGGUAUAGAAUCUGAGAUAAGACUUGACACCCUUGCAUAUAAUCAUUGUAGAAAGUACAUCGUUGGCUUUAUGUGUUUACCAUUCCUUCACACACAGGCUUUUGACUCACAGCAUAAUUGACUCAUAAGUUGUCUUAGCUUCAGAUUCAUUUAAGGGGAUUUUGAGACCAUUGCUCUGACACACAGCCACUCUGCAUCUCAAUCCCUAAUCAGCACUUCAUUCUCCUAUUACAGGGCUUCAACUCCGCCAGCACUCUUUGACAUAGGAAAUUGUAGAUUUGCACAGUAAUUAAGAAUUAGAAUCCCCUAACUUCAGACCUGGCUUCAGCCUGCUAAAUCAGGGGUUCACUACUAGCUUGGACUGACUUUGUAGUGGUUAUUUUGUUCCUGGCCUUAUUGGAAACAAACUGUCAACUGGUUUCCCCUGCACAAGUUUUGAAAUGUAUUGCUCUACUUAAUCUUCUUACUUACCAAAUGGACUAUAAGGACGAACUGCUUAUCUGUUACUUAACCAGGAUAAAAUGAAAGGCCGGGACAGAAAUAGUUCUCCAUUCCUUGUUUGCCACAGCCAGCCAACCUAGAGCGAGACAGACCAUUAGCAAAUGAAUGUAACAAUUACUUCUCUCCAGGAUAUCUAAGCACAUGAGCAAAUAGAGGAACAGGCCUCACCUCAUCCUUGGUGUGUAUCACUUGGAGGAAGAAGAUCCUGGUUUCCUAGGAAACGGUAUUUUGGCCUGUGUUGAUUCUUAUCCGGAAUGUUUGUUUACAAUGUACAGUAUAUAUAUAUAUAAUGCACAUAUAUAUUCAGAAAGUAUUUUUGCUUCGAUGCUUACUUUCUAUAAAGCAGUGCUUUGGUAUUCCUACAGCGCCCUUCUUCCCCAGCAGUUGGACAGUGCUCUGUCUCACUGCCACAUGAACAGUGUAACAUGAGUGCAUUGUAUGGUUUGAAACCAAAGGAUGAAUGAAGCAUUCAGAAACUUGAUAUUUAAAAAAGAGAUGCUCUGUAUUUUAUAUUUUAUUACAGUCCCUGGUGUUUAUAAACUUAAUAAAGUCCUCCAUACUGCUGCAUGUUUUCCAGUA